GCUUCUACAGCGGCAUCUUCUUCAUAAUCCUGUUGACCAUAGACAGGUAUCUGGCCAUAGUUCACGCAGUGUUUGCUUUAAAAGCUAGGACAGUGGCCUACGGCAUCCUCACCAGCAUUGUCACGUGGGCUGUUGCUAUUUUUGCCUCUGUUCCUGGAAUAGUAUUUCACAAAACCCAAAAGGAAAAUGCACAGUAUACAUGCAGUGCUCAUUAUCCAACAGAUGGACUAAUAAAUUGGAAGCACUCCUACAUUUUAAAGAUGAACAUUCUUGGGCUUAUCAUUCCAAUGAUCAUUAUGAUUUUCUGUUACUCUCGAAUUUUAAAAACAUUAUUGGGAUGUAAGAAUGAGAAAAAACAGAAGGCGGUCCGGCUUAUUUUUGUCAUCAUGAUUUUUUAUUUCAUAUUCUGGACACCAUUCCAUAUUGCUUCUUUUGUGCAUACAUUUCAAAAUUCUUUUUUUUUCCCCGAUUGUGAUAUCCAAGGCAGACUGGAGAAAACAAUUCAAGUUACAGAAACAAUUUCAAUGAUCCACUGCUGUAUCAAUCCUGUGAUCUAUGCAUUUGUUGGAGAAAAAUUUAGGAAAUAUCUUUAUACCUUCUUCCGAAAGCACGUUGCUGCUCACCUGUGCAAAAAGUGUCCAGCUCUUUAUCGUGAAAAAUUAGAAAGAGUUAGUUCCACAUUCACACCAUCUACUGCUGAGCAUGACAUCUCUACUGGAUUGUAAAAAUACAUCUAAAGUCUAGCUAGUAAAUGUUGAAUCGAUCCCUCUCUUUGCCUGAAGAACUGCAUGACAUUAUUGAAGAUCUUUAUGUCAAUUCUUGGAGUUAGCUCCCUGGAUCACAACUUUUUUUUGUUCUUAAUCUAAGAGAAACAACCAUUUCCCAAUAAUUGUUAAUAUUAUAGCUUGACCACAGAAAGAUUUGUUUGAUUCUGAUGGCUGACCUACAUUCUGUCCGAUGAACGAAUAUUCUUGACUUUUACCAGGGGAGAAUAUAAAAUAGACAAAGGAGUAAUAAGUCAUCUCACAAGAACCAUCUACAGCCACAUGAACAUACAAGACUGGGAGGAAGCUUUGAGGACUGCUGUACCUGUUCAGUGUACAGCAUAAGUGGAACACCUAAAAUCCUGAUUGCAUUUGGAAGUAACAGUAUUCUUUCUGCAACGCAGUCAGCCAUUUGGUAGUGGGAAGCUUUCAGUAUUCUUCAUUUUACUCCUCUUUCCCUUAGUUUCCCUGCAUGAAUAAGAGGCAUUUCCACAAAAAGGGUAAAGAUGAAAUAUACCAAGAUAACUUCUCUUCACCUAUGAGAGAGCUGACUGACCUCUAUCUUACUGCUGCCACUUAACCCAAGGAUUUAUCUGUUAGCUAGUUGUUUCUAAACAUAAUACUUUUUACUAUAGGCUAAGUUACAGAAUUUUUAUUUAGGUGUUUAAUCUUAUGCCAAUCGUAUCGUUGUUUGGUUGCUAAAAUUUUCCAAGAUGAGUUUUUAAUGUGCAACACUGUGAUUUUUGUGGGUGCAAUUUUACAAGUAACUGUAAGGCUAAUGACUGCACAAGAAGUCAGUGUUGCACCCCAAAAAAACCAUGAACUUGUUUCUGACAACUCCCAUCCCUUCCAGGGAAACAGCAUUUAGCAUUAGUAAAGGCACAUCAGCAGAGAUCUGCGAGGACAGAACAAAAAUUACCUUAGUUCUAGCUGUGCAUGAUUACAUAUGAAAAUACAUAACCCUUCAGAGGACUUUGGAGACCAUGGGCAUAGUACCGAGUGGAGGCCUCCCUCAUUCUGGAAACAUAAAUCACAUAUGUAGAAGGAGGCUUUCUAUGGCAGAUGCAGAAAGUGUGUCAGGAUAGAUUUCUGCAUGCUAAAAAUGUGCGCUGGACAUACACAGUAAGUUUGCUUGUUGAUAUGGACUUCUAGGAAGACAGCAGCCUUGGAAGCACAGAAGCAGCCAACUGUCGAGGAGAUGUAACCGUCUUGCCGUCCCAGGAGAGCAAUGCACAUCAUCUCCGUUGACACAAUCAGGACUGCACGCUUGUUGAGGACUUGUGACCAUUACUCUACUGGUGUCAUGGCAACACAUUUAUGCCAGGCCACACAUUUAUGCCAUCACUGUGAAUUUUUCAAUAAAGAAAAACGGGCAUUCUAGGGACGUGAUGUGAACUUUAAACUGUUGCUUUAUACUGUAAUGAAGUGCAGGUAAACACUCCUUAUGCAGGCGAACAGUGCAGCUUUUCUUCCCAUUUCCUCCAAGGGGCACCAUUCAAGCAUACAAAGUUUCAGUCUCAGAAAUCUGCAAAGACAGCUUCAAGUAACCUCCUGGCAAUGUCAGGAUGGAAGAGGGGAUUGCACACCUCUUAACAUUAUGCAUGUGACUUAGAUGUGUACAUUAACAGCAAAUCUCUUCAAGAUCCUUCAGUUGUCAAGAGAGAAAAAGAGAUGCCUGAGUCAGAAGCAGACAUGAUUUAAAAGGCCUCUGGGGGAGAUUACUUGUCUGACUGUAAAAGGAAUCCAGAAAUACCAGCUUCUUAAUUAAGUGAUCAGAUGCCCUUGUUGCAGUGGUGUGAAUACUCUUCCCUCUUCAGCCUUAUUACAUCAAGGCACCACUUCUAUUAGUUGUUAGCUAGUUGCCUACCAGCUACUACAUUCUGGCUGCUCCCUUGUGAGGUUCACAGUCACGGUAUACAAAAGGAAAGACCAAAAACUAUGCUCACAGUAAAUAACACUUUUUCUUUCUUUCGUAUUUUUUACUGCACAGAAGUGAAAGCACCUUGUUAACGUUGAAGUAUAAAUUAGAUUAGUGUGAUACAAAUCCUGCUGUAAGUGUGCUUUAAAUUCUUGUUUUGUGGGAUUAUAUUUCAUCCUAUUUUAGUGUUAACACAGUAAAACUAAUAAAAAGUGUGUCUGAGAAAUGAA